CUGAAGUUGGUGGAGCCGCCUGGGGCAGAUCUUCGAUCUCUGCUUUUAGGCUGCGGGCUCAAAAUUCGCCGCAUGCGUCUGUAUUCAUUUGGCCCGUACUUGAGCUCUUCGGUGCCUCCAGGGAUUUUGCUGCCGCUGCGAUUGCAUCCUGCGCUGCUGCAGCUGCUGCAGCAGCAGCAGCAGCGACCUCGAAUGAUGUUAGUUCCAGCAGCAGAAGAACUGCAGAAUAUCGUAGAAGCCACGCAGCAAAUGAAGACAGAGAAGGGAGGAGGCUUCCCUGCGCAGCAGCUGCUGAAGGCUACAUCUGUUAUUGGGUCUUCUAUCAAAACAAAACAUGGAUAG